AUGAAGCUAUUCGCAUUCGGCUACGAUCCAUCCUCCCCCAGCUCCACCACACCAGAUGUAUCUUCUCCACCAAGUCCCCUCCUCCGCGCCGCUUGCAUAAAAAUCCUCUGGGCAUCAUGGUGCGACUCCAUCAUCGCGCACACCAGCUCCAGCGACACCUCUCAACGGACAGUAGAAUAUCGCGGCCGGGGCUUGACGUCCGCGCAAGCGAUGCACAUCGCCAACUCCCCGGUCAUCAAAGAAGCUGUUUCUCAAAAGGAAAUAGGGAUUGAAUUCUUCGGCUCGUCAAUGCACGAGGGCGUACGCGGCUACACGACACCCACGUCCGUCAUUGUAUUCUCUUCAGAGCUAGAGAUUGAGAGUGGGGAUGAUGAGAUUCAAACCUACCCCAUGGCAAUCGCGUUGAUUCGCAUGGAUAGUAGUGGGGGGUACUUGGUCAGUUCAGGCGAUGGAAUUGUGUACUUUGAUGGAUUCGCGUCGUUUAGGGGCUAUCUCGAAGCGAAGUCGACUACGUCCAGUGGGAAGUUGGCCCCGUUCGAGCCCAGGGAAUGGUUCGAAUACCUAUCCGAAACAUGCAUUAUCAAGGUGGCUUCGGGAGGUUACAUGACUGCGGCCGUGAGUGCGGAGGGUGAGUUAUUCCUCUGGGGGCAGGCGAACCCAGGUGAUGAGAUGAUGGUGUCGGUGCUUGGAGAGAAAGGCGCGUUGGGAAGCAGCACUUCCACGGCGAUCAGCGCCGAUGAAGACCAAGAUGAGAUGGUCAAGUGCUUGAAUGUUAGGGUCGAAGGACAAGAAGCUUUUGUGUAUGAUGUUGCGAUUGGGCAUGGCCAUGUGCUUGUCGCAGCGGAAGUGCAAAGGGACGGAUGCGUCACAGCGCGAGCAGUGCUUGGUGCUGGAUGCAAUGAAAACGGACAGCUAGGACUUCCCAUAAGCAAGCAAUUUGUCGGAGACUUCGAAGCAAUACCUGCUUUCGCGGGCUUGAAGAUUGAAAAGCUAGUUGCCAAAGGCUGGUCCACAUUGGUAGUCACGUCUGAAGGGUGA